CGCAACGCUCUUCUUGUUAAAAGCGUCGCCAACAAGAAAAGCGUGGCCCUAGCACACUAUCCAUCGUUUUAGUUGCUAAAGAAUGCCUUUGAAGAAAAAAUAAUCUAAUUUAUAACAAAACAGUCAUGGCAACGACUGCUCCUACGGUGAAAGACGAAGAAUUGGAGCAGCUCGUUGAAAGACUGUUGGAUUACAAAGUCGGAAGGUACCAGAAGUUCGAUGAUGCCUGCGGCGGGGAAAUGGAAGGCUUCCGCUUGAAUAUCGUCCUUUUUGGAAUGACUGGUUCUGGAAAAUCGGCCUUGAUUAACACGAUCUUCGAAUGCUUGGAGAUGGACAUGCGUCCUGCCGUAACUCAAACGACUGGAAGGGAAGGAACGAAGAUUUUGGAGUCUUGUGAUCUGCUGCCGAACAAUGUCACAGUCUAUGACACAAGAGGCUUUUCCGAUUUUGGCAAAACGGAGGAAGGUAGAAACUUUUCAGUUCUAACAUAAUUUUAUUUCGUACAAUACAGUACGUGUUUGUUAGUCCAGCGUAUAGAGCCCCCGGAAGCGAGAUGUAGCCAUAAUUUUGUGCCUUUGAGUAGUCAAAGAAUUGAUGAGCCGAAAUUUCGCCGUAAUAUAGUGUUUAUGGUUUCCUUCGAUUCUGUUCAAAACGUACCACGAUAGAAAUGCCCGAUAAUUAAAAGUUUGCUAACAAUUUGAUAUAGAUCAUCGUUUUCAUCGUUUUCGAGGAUGAAAAAGUUAACUGAGGAGAAGGGGGUGAGGUCAGUGUUAUAGUAGAAUGCGAGCGUGGUUGUUGUCUCCCGGAAGCAAACGUGAAAUGUUUUAACAGACUCCCUGAUCCCUAAACUUUAAGGUCUUCGACAAAGUCUAGUUUAGGGAUAGCGAAUCUGUUAGAGUAUUUCACAACAAUAUUUACCUCGUUUACCUGCCAGUCUGAAAGUCUGCAGUCUGCGUUUGUCGCAAACCGGUGGAAAUCGGUGGAAAUCGGUGGGAGAACGACGCGCUAUAAAAAUUAAAUACAGUAUAUCCAAAUCAGCUGAACAGGCUUAAAAAAAGUGCGAGAAAAAUUGCAUUGCCUGUUUUCGGAAGCUUCCCAAACGGAAAGUCGCGAAACAUUUGAUUUUCCUUCCGGAAUUUCCAGUUUUCCCAUGUAAAUGGUAAGUUCCCCCAGUCACCUCUUCAAUAGUUCUGCCAUGAAUACUCUGUUUAUGGAGUGUUAAUGAAAAUGGCUGAACACAGUUUUGCGGGCGGUNGGGGGGGGGGGGGGUGCGCACCCCCUGCACCCUCCCCCUAGAUCCGCCCCUGGUACCCCCAGUCACCUCUUCAAUAGUUCUGCCAUGCAUACUCUGUUUAUGACUGUUAAUGAAAAUGGCUGAACACAGUUUUGCGGGAGGUCAGCGGUAACUCGAGUGACGGCGCGUGUUUUAAAUUAGACAAACAAACAUGGCGGCAAAAAAAGCAAUGGUACAGAGAAGACAAUUUCUCAAAAUCUACUCAUUAAAAUUUUGUGAUAUUUGGCAGCAUUUUUACUUUUAACGUACUUUAAAUAAUGAGAACUUUAAAAUGGAAGUUGAACCGACGAUUUUUGUGACACAUUUGAUAAUUACAAUACAAAUAUAUUAUUGAUUAUCUAAAAAUCUGUCUGUUAAAAUUUGGUCAAAUAAGUUUCAAAUGGUAAUGAUUAAUUAUAGUAAGCUGUGUGCAAGUUUAUAGGAAAACCUAAUGAAAGAAUUUUAUGUAAACUGAGCAAAAGUGAAAUUUUAAGGUUGUAUUCAAUCGUUCAUGUUGCCAUGGAAACUACGAAAAUGACAAAUUUUACCUGUCAAUCAAAAUCUUUCAUCAGUAUAUUUUUCACUUGCCAAGUUUCAGCUUGUGAGCUGCAACCCUUCUCUUGCCACAUUUUGCCAAAUGACAUAUGUUCACAAACUGCCAAAACUGUAUUCAGCAACCUUAAGAUCUCUCUCAGUCUACAGAAUAUAUCCACCCAUGGCCAUGAACUGCACACAAUGGGUGGUCACUGCCAGAAACCUUGUCCUUGAACCCCCUCCCCCCAGCAGCUCUUUUUACCUUUCAAAGAAGGGUCUGUCGGUUUUCCAACCUUUUCCGAAAAGGAUGGAAGGUCUACCAUAUUUGAAACAAAGGUAGUACCUUUUCCUCAAUGUUGUAAGACCCUGAGUGUUGGUAAACCCAGAAAUCGAACUGGGUCUACCGCUCUCUGGUCUUGUACCCGACCAAUCAGAACUAACCAGUUUUCUUGCCUCGGAUGGACUGGUUUCAUUUUGGAGGGCAAGUCACAAUGCAAUUCUUUUUUAUUCAAAUAGGGGAGCUGUUUCGUAUUCUUUUUGGAAUUGAGCGAACUGGAGAGGAACUGGUGCGAGGCGACAGGGGUGCCGAAAAAGCAGCCACUGGCGGGGUCGGUGCUCACAAGCUUAAAAAACCUCCUCUUGCGGAUCAAAUGCAUGUCAUAUUGUGGGUCAUAAAAGCUAAUGAUAUCAGAUUUGAAAAAGGAAUAUAUAGUGACAUAAUCAAGUUUGUUCAGCACAAAGCGAGAGAACAAAGUGAGUUCUUUACCUUUCUCAUAGUGCACAUGUCCUUUAAAGGGACGCAAAUAAGAGGAUCCCCAAAAGGGUAUUUCAAUCCCCUAAUCCCGACCCAAAAUUUCGAGUAAUCCCGUAAUCCCGAUGGUUAUUUUAAGCAUCCCACCUCCUGCGCAUACUUUCAAUUUCGAAUCCCGAUCUUCAAAUAAGGGAAAUCCCGUAUCCCGAAAACCUAUUGGGGACCCUCAAAUUAGGCCCUGUUCGCACUACGACACAAAAAUUGCAAAACAAUUUGAAAAUUUGGUAACUUUGUUUGCACCUGAGACACGCGAAAGAAGUUACGUCAAUUUCGAUUAAAUCACAUGAUUGGUAUCGUUAGCGAAAUAAGAUGACCUGACGAAGGAUAGCUGUCAUGGAACAAAGGAUUUUGUUGCAUGACAAAAAAUUGUAGGCCUCCAAAACUUCUCGACGGCUUCUUUGAAGUUUGGCGGCGCUUUAGGAAGUUUUGGUAGGUGAAAAAAAAAAAAAAACGUUUGCACUAGAAAUGGCUUCCUGUUGACAGAUUUUUAGCAAAACAGACAAAAUUUUGCGUACUGCGAUCAGGGACUAAGAUUCUUUAAUCCCAUUUGUGUCGCUCAACCCCCUAAUUCUGAUUGUUAUGGGAUAAUCUCGAUCUAGAACAUUUAUUCUGUCUCCGAAUAGGUUUAGAGAGGACCCCGGAGAGACAUCCCCAUCUUCAAAGACCCAGUAGCAGAUAGUUGCAUACCGUAUUUAAUCGAUUAAAUGCCGCCCUCGAAUAAACGCUGCAUCCAAUCAGACGGAAUGUGGCGUUUAUUUGAGGAUUAUAAGAAAAAAACACUCGGUGCUUGUUAGUCUACACCAUCCAGACAAUUAAUAAUAGUGUUAAAUAAUAAACUUUAUUUAUGUAGCGCCAUUUCCAAAGCCCAAUAGCGCUUUACAGAAUUCAUAAGAAAGAAAAAUAAUGCCGAAUUAAAAACUUACAUCAAAUGAUAAUAAAAAGAAUACCUGACGAAUGACAUUAAAGUUACGAUAAAAAUCCUACUUAAAAAUUCUAAGCUAUUCUAAAAACUAAAUCACUACAAUUUGAUAAGAUAACAUCUAAAAAAUUGGAAUGAUUAGAUAAUCUAUAUAUUACAUUGACUAAAAACCUAGUCCCCGUAAGUAUGUUUGAAAAGGUAGUCUUAAUGUUGGAUUUUAGAUUGAUAAUAAGAUACUUCCGCGAAUAUACUCUGGAAGUGAAUUCCACCAAUAAGGUGAUGCAAAAGAGAAAGACCUUUGUCAUAGGUAACCAACUACAUGUAAAUUAAGUGAUUCUACUUCAAGCAGGUUCCGUCGGUGUUGAGGAUCGCAAGAUCCUGGUCGGUACGUAUAGCUUAAGCAAACCUUUAAUGCAGGCAGGUGCUAUUCCGUUGAGUACUUUAUAGGUUAUUCGUAAUAAAUUAAAACAGGAGCCCAUGACAAAACAGGAGCCUAAUUCAAAAUAAUACAAACUGAUAAUGCAUUGACUGAAGGGAGGCCAGUGGACUGUGUUUUAAAAUAGGCGUAAUGUGGUCGCGUACUUCCUGCCUCGUGUAAUAGGUCGCGGAUCGUUCUGCAGCGAGUUCUGUACAUUCUGUAAACGAUCUAUUAAAAAUUUAGGCAGACCGUAUGGUAAUGAGUUACAGCUAUCUAGUCUGGAAGCUAGUGAUAAAGGCGUGAACUACGAUUUCAGCGUCAGUUGUUGAUAAACAGUCCCUUAUCCUUGCUAUGCUGGGCAACUGCAAAUAGAAUGAUUUGCAGAUGCUAGUAACAUGCUGGUCAAGGGACAAGUGUUGGUCCAAUGUAACACCAAUAUUCUCGGCCGAAGAAGAUAGUUAGAUCCAUUCGCAGGAUAUUUCAAUAUGCUCUAUUGAUGGAAGUGGGCGAUGAUGGCCACUCAAAAUCAGCAGUUCAGUCUUGUGCUUAUUGAACUUUUACAAGUUUUCUACACCACCUAUAAAUCUAUCUCACUAACACACGCUUACAUGCUAUUAAGUCUAUUGAGCCAGAUUGUUCGGCUGCAUUAGCCUUAAAGGCCAAAUAGAGCUGAACAUCGUUAGCAUAAAAGUUGAAAUCAAGAUUAUGCUGUUUAAUGAUGUCCCCAAGAGGUGCGACGUGUACAACAGAUAAAGCAUCGGGCUAAGGACAGACCCUUGUGAAACUCCAAAGCGUAGAUCUUUAACAGCUGAUUUGACUCAACCGACCAUUAAAAACUGCUUUCGAUCCAGAAGAUAGAAUCUAAACUAUUUUAACACCUUAAAAUUCUAUCUUAGAAAAAAAUAACGAGACACGGAAAUUUAACAUCUUUCUGUUUUUAUAAUAUUUACAAAUGAUUUGUCGGAAAUUAUGACAGUCAAGAAAUCAAUGUGAAUAAGCGCCCCAUAAGAAACGCUUAAAAUUUAAUAAACGCCGCGGCACGUGAUCAAAUAAAUACGGUACUACUGUGGCAAAGUCACACGAGCCGAGGGGCAUCCGCUCGAGGAAAUGCAGCCUCUCUAAUAAGGCGAACUGAAUAGGAAAAAAGAUUUUCUUUCCAGAAAACGAACGAAGAGAACUAACUGGAGCUUAUACUGGAAAUGACGGCUUAAACUUCAGUCGAUGACACCAAAUUUUCGAUCAGGUUCUCGUACUUUCUCCCCAUGAUACAUGUCACAUAGUUUGAGUGUGGAAGUUUGAAAGUGAAGGGAAAAUGGAAUUAAAGCGUGCUAGUAGAAUGGUAGGCUACAUGUUACAGUGUCAAGCCUGAUUUAUUUUAUUUCUUGCUGUUAUGUUAUAGUCAUUACGAUUAUCACGGUCAUCACUUUUGACGAUGAAAUACGAGAAUUGCCGAAUCCUGACGAAAAAAGAAGAAGAUUAAAGGAAGCAGCGAGGGAGGUCACUGGAAGCGAACCGAGAGAUGUCUUCUUGAUCGCCAACUCAACACCUGAUCAAGAGUUUGACCCGGCGUACAAGAAGGAAGUGCUGAAGAUGUUAGAGCAAGCCUUAAAGUGUGGCGAGAGGUCAAUCAAGAUGCGGCAGGUUCAGAGAGAAAGUCCCAAGAGAUCCAUAUCCGAACCUCAAGGCAGAGCUGAAAAAUCCCCUGUGGAAAACACGGAGGAGCCUAAUUACAAGAGCUGGUCAGGUUGA